AUGAUGGAUGGCACGUUGCUGCUGGUCCCAGACACCCCAGUCCUGGCGGACACCCUGGCCACUCAGCCCCGGGAAGGGGACAGGCCACUCUGCACGUGGUCCUCAUCACCUCCUGGAGCUCCCUGUGGGUCUGGGGCCCGAUGCCCACGUGGAGAUCUGCUUCAGGAAAACCCUGCUCUUCCCUUCCCUGGCUCACUUCUCCACUGCCCUGAGGAUGCACCUGGGUUCACCUUCCAGGAAAACCAUAUAAAAGGCAGAAAGGAAGGAAACCCGCAUGUGGCCUCCCUCAGGGUCCACGGCAGGGACAGGCCCCCGUCAGCCUCAGGGAAGAUGCAGAUGAUGCUCUGCGUUUUGUUCCCAUGA